AUGACUGAUUUCAACGCCCUCUACCAGCAAGGCCUUUACCUCUCCCCGGGUGAACAGGACCUUCUUCUGGCUGCUCUUUCAUCAAACAACCGACCCUCAAAACAACAGCAGAGCACCUCAAGAUCCAAAUCCGAAUCAAACCCCGACAGUACUCCCGGUCAUGCUUCCUCCGGCAGCUUCAGUACUUCCCCAGGAUUUGAUCGGCAAGCCCAUUUCGACAGUUUAAAGUACGAAGAAAGUCCGUUUCUCGAUUUUAACCCUGAAUUGGAUUGGGACUUUCAAGGCUCUGAGGACUUAAUCGGAGAUCUUCCUGAGAGUGCCCCACCCGAGGAAUACGAAGGCGGGGAAAAGAGGAAGGAUAUUGAUGGAGAGGACGACGAUAAGAAUGAGGCGUCUGGGAAGAAGCGAAGGGAAAGUGUCGACAAAAUCGCCAAGAAGCCUGGAAGAAAGCCACUGACUUCGGAGCCAACUUCGAAGCGCAAGGCCCAGAACCGUGCAGCGCAGAGGGCGUUCCGCGAGCGGAAGGAGAAGCACCUGAAGGACCUGGAAACCAAAGUAGAUGAGUUACAAAAGGCGUCUGAUGGCGCUAAUCAGGAGAAUGGAUUACUUCGAGCCCAGGUGGAGAGGCUGCAGGUUGAACUCCGGGAGUAUCGCAAGCGUCUUUCCUGGGUGACGAGCGGAAACGCCCUCUCCGCUAUUAAUUCAUAUCCAGGGAACACCAAUCGGCUGAACCGCCUCAGCAAUAAUGAACUCAUGUUUGAUUUCCCGAAGUUCGGGGAUCUUCCUGGUGCCCGUAUCUUCAAUGACGGCGCAUUGGCCAAGUCAAACCAGAACAACGCGAAGGAAGAUCAACCAGGAGCUCGGAUCCCGGGGGUUCUGAACCGGGAUUCUUUUGCCCAACCCGCGAAGAAUUCCUCUCCUGUCAAGCAAUCUAAUUCCCCAUCCCUUCAAGGAAUUGCAGCUGCUAAAUCUAGCGCCGCAUCCCCAGUUUUUCCUAACGGCCCCACGCAACACACUCCUCCCGCCCUUUCGGCCUACGAGUUCCGACAGACAGCAUCGCUCCACGAUACGUCGAAUUCCGACUCUCCAUCGUCGUCUUCAGAUUCCCACCGGAGCCAAUUUCUCUCUUCUAGCGGUACCUCUCCCGAGCCUAGUGCGCAGUCUCCUGCCACCAAGCCUAAAGAGGCCAGCAGUAAUCACACUUGCACUUAUUCCACCAUUGACGGUGAGGCGUCCUUCUGCGCACAACUUGGUAUGGCGUGCGGCAACAUCAGUAACCCUGUUCCAGCUGUGAGACACAAGAGUGAAGACAUUACGAGCACGCCUAGUCAACCCACCUCCAACGACAAUGUCCAAGGAUUCGACUUCCUUGCCCAGCAAAAUGGCGGUCAGUUCGAUCCGUUGCUGUUCGGAGACUGGCGCGAACCCCAGGACGCAAUCUUGUCGCAAGAUUUCAAUACCUUCUUUGAUGACGCCUUCCCACUCCCCGAUCUUGGCAGCCCUUCGCAUAAUCUCACGGAAGUUGGAGCUCGUCAGCAACCCAAAAAGAGCAUCCUCGAAGAAAUCGACAGCAAGUUGGACGAGGAGGUUGUUCCUGGCGAAGAUAAGUCCCAAAUGCUGUCGUGCACUAAGAUAUGGGAUCGUCUGCAAUCCAUGGAGAAGUUUCGUAACGGGGAAAUUGAUGUCGAUAACCUAUGCUCGGAGCUGCGUACGAAGGCCCGAUGCUCUGAGGGUGGUGUCGUCGUGAACCAAAAGGACGUGGAUGAUAUCAUCGGCCGCGUUUGA